ACAAUAAUGCAUUUCUUAUCUCUGUUGAAUACCAUUACAGCACUAGGAACAACUGUUACAGAACAAUUCCAAUGGCAGCAGUCGCCGGCGUGAGCAUUACAACCCCAAAAGUGCUGGCAUUAGAAUCCCCCAAAAUGUUACAAUCCGCCAAAUUCUCGUUGCUAAACAAUCCAUGGAAGAGGUGCACUGAAUUUGGACGGGGUAGGAUGUACGUCCACCCAGUGGCCGCUGCACCAGAAGGCCUUUCGGAGAAGGUGGCAGAGAGCGUGAAGAACGCCAAGGAAGCCUGCUCCGAAAACCCCACCGACGGGGAGUGCGCAGCGGCGUGGGACGAGGUGGAGGAGCUAAGCGCAGCGGCCAGCCAUGCCCGGGACAAGAAGAAAGAGUCCGACCCUUUGGAAGAUUACUGCAAGGACAACCCGGAGACUGAUGAGUGCCGCACUUACGAUGAUUGAUUAUUUUGUUACGGUUAUGUUUCCGAGUCAAUUAAUUCAGCAAACACCCUACUCGUAUUUAAUUAUGUUAUACCUCUACACAUAUUUGUUAGGCUGAAUUAAAAAAGUUAUUACAAAUGUCUCUUCUUAAAUCUUGAAGAGUUUAUAGUUAUACUCCUUUUUCCUUUA